CACAACCACCUUUAAUGAGAGGCCAUUGCACCGCAAUGCUCACCCCUCCGCGGGCAUCUGGGAAUUGUAGUCCAGCCACCCAGCUGCAACAAACUACUUUUCCCAGAAUGCCCUGCGGGCCGGGCGAUAGCAACAUUCUUUUCCAAAAUUCUCUGGGCACAGAGACCUCUUUGCCCGGUCCCCCUUCUCUCCGACCACUCUUUCCAGUCCGUCGCGACAGAGAGGCGGCCGCAGGAGGGCCCCGGCCCCUCGCUGCGCCGCCCCGACGGGCACUUCCGGCGGCGGUUCACUUCCUGGUUUAAACUUACACGAAUCGCUCUCUAGAGGAGGAGGAGGGGACCGCCGCGCGAUUGACACGCAUAUUCCUAUAGGCAUCCUCCGUCAGCCCCCACCCCCACGGUCGGAUUCGGGUGGCUCCUCUCGGCGCUGAAAUCCGAGAAAUCCUUGGAUCUCUUGUUUUCUUAGGAAAAAUAAAAAUCCAGAAACCGCCGGUAUUUUGUUUUUCUGCUUCCUAUUCUCAAGAUGAAGAAGUUUUUUGACUCCCGGCGAGAGCAGGGCGGCUCUGGCCUGGGCUCCGGCUCCAGCGGAGGAGGGGGCAGCACUUCAGGCCUGGGCAGUGGCUACAUCGGAAGGGUCUUUGGCAUCGGGCGGCAGCAGGUCACGGUGGACGAGGUGUUGGCAGAAGGUGGAUUUGCUAUUGUGUUUCUGGUGAGGACAAGCAAUGGAAUGAAAUGUGCCUUGAAACGCAUGUUUGUUAACAAUGAACAUGAUCUUCAGGUGUGCAAGAGAGAAAUCCAGAUAAUGAGGGACCUGUCAGGGCAUAAAAACAUUGUGGGCUACAUUGACUCCAGUAUCAACAAUGUGAGUAGUGGUGAUGUCUGGGAAGUUCUUAUUCUGAUGGACUUCUGUAGAGGGGGCCAGGUGGUCAACUUGAUGAACCAGCGCCUACAAACAGGUUUUACGGAGAAUGAAGUGCUCCAGAUAUUUUGUGACACCUGUGAAGCCGUUGCUCGCCUGCAUCAGUGCAAAACUCCUAUUAUCCACCGUGACCUGAAGGUUGAAAAUAUCCUCUUGCAUGACCGAGGCCACUAUGUCCUGUGUGACUUUGGAAGUGCCACCAACAGAUUCCAGAAUCCUCAAACUGAAGGAGUCAAUGCAGUAGAAGAUGAGAUUAAGAAAUACACGACGCUGUCCUAUCGAGCACCAGAAAUGGUCAACCUGUACAGUGGCAAAAUCAUCACUACGAAGGCAGACAUUUGGGCUCUUGGAUGUUUGUUAUAUAAACUAUGCUACUUCACUUUGCCAUUUGGGGAGAGUCAAGUGGCAAUUUGUGAUGGAAGCUUCACAAUUCCUGAUAACUCUCGAUAUUCUCAAGAUAUGCACUGCCUAAUUAGGUAUAUGUUGGAACCAGACCCUGACAAAAGGCCGGAUAUUUACCAGGUCUCCUACUUCUCAUUUAAACUACUCAAGAAAGAAUGCCCUAUUCCAAAUGUACAGAACUCUCCCAUUCCUGUGAAGCUUCCUGAACCAGUGAAAGCCAGUGAGGCAGCUGCAAAAAAGACACAGCCAAAGGCCAGACUGACAGAUCCCAUUCCCACCACAGAGACUUCAAUUGCACCCCGUCAGAGGCCUAAAGCUGGGCAGACUCAGCCGAACCCAGGAAUCCUUCCUAUCCAGCCAGCCCUUACACCUCGAAAGAGGGCCACAGUUCAACCUCCCCCUCAGGCUGCAGGAUCUAGCAAUCAGCCUGGCCUUUUAGCCAGUCACCCCCAACCCAAAACCCAGCCCCCAUCUGGACAGCCUCAACCCAAGCAGCCACAGGCUCCACCUCCCUCUCAGCAGACACCUUCCACUCCUGCUCAAGGUGUGCCCACUCAGGCCCAGGCCACACCCCAGCACCAGCAGCAACUCUUCCUCAAGCAGCAGCAGCCACAGCAGCAGCCAUCACAGCAGCAGCCAUCACAGCAGCCACAACAGCAAUCACAGCAACCACCCCAGCAGCCAGUGAGCACGUAUUACCAGCAACAGCAGCAGCAGCAGCAGCAGCAGCAGCAGCAGCAGCAGCAGCAGCAGCAGCAGCAGCAGCUGCCUCAGCAGCCCCAGUCUCAGCAGUUUCAGGCAACCCAGCAACCAGCAAUUGCUCAGUUCCCUGUGGCAUCCCAAGGAAGCUCUCAACAGCAGCUGAUACAGAAUUUCUACCAGCAGCAGCAGCAACAACAGCAACAGCAGCUGGCCACAAACGUGCAUCAACAGCAGCUGCUGACUCAGCCAACUGCCUUGCAGCAGAAAACUGCUGUGGCAGCAGCACAGCAGCCCCAGGCCCAGCCAGCUACCACCCCACAGCCUCCCCCUGCCCAGGAACCAGCACAGAUUCAAGCCCCAGGAAGACAACAGCCAAAGGUUCAGACAACUCCGCCCCCUGCUGUCCAGGGGCAGAAAAUUGGCUCUCUCACUCCUCCAUCAUCCCCCAAGACCCAACGUGCUGGGCACAGGCGAAUUCUCAGUGAUGUAACCCACAGUGCAGUCUUUGGGGUUCCUGCCAGCAAAUCAACCCAGCUGCUCCAGGCAGCUGCAGCUGAAGCCAGUCUCAAUAAAUCCAAGGAUGGGAACCAACCUAGGUCUGCAACCACCACGCCAUCAGGCUCCCCUCGGACCUCCCAGCAAAAUGUUUAUAACCCAUCAGAAGGUUCUACGUGGAAUCCAUUUGAUGAUGACAAUUUCUCCAAACUGACAGCUGAAGAAUUGCUAAAUAAGGAUUUUGCCAAACUAGGUGAAGGCAAACAUCCUGAGAAGCUGGGGGGUUCAGCUGAGAGUUUGAUCCCAGGCUUUCAACAAACCCAAAAUGAUGCUUUUGCCACUUCCUCGUUUUCUACUGGAACCGCUGAAAAAAGAAAGGGUGGGCAGACUGUGGAUUCUAGCCUCCCACUUCUAAGUGUUUCUGAUCCUUUCAUUCCUCUUCAAGUACCUGAUGCACCAGAAAAACUAAUUGAGGGCCUCAAAUCUCCUGACACUUCUCUUCUGCUCCCUGACCUCUUGCCUAUGACAGAUCCUUUUGGUAGCACUUCUGAUCCUGUAAUUGAAAAAGCUGAUGUUGCUGUUGAGAGUCUCAUACCAGGGCUGGAGCCUCCAGUGCCCCAGCGCCUCUCUUCUCAGACGGAAUCUGUGACCUCAAACCGAACAGAUUCUCUCACCGGGGAAGAUUCCCUGAUUGAUUGCUCUCUACUUUCUAACCCUACCACUGAUCUUCUGGAAGAAUUUGCCCCUAUAGCGAUCUCUGCUUCGGCCCAUAAAGCUACAGAAGAUAGUAAUCUCAUCUCAGGUUUUGAUGUCCCUGAGGGCUCCGACAAGGUGGCAGAAGAUGAGUUUGACCCUAUUCCUGUACUGAUAACCAAAAACCCACAAGGUCUCCAGAAAGAGCCCAAUCCCUGUCCUGUAAUAACUGUAGAGCACUUUAAAGAAUCAACAGGCAUUAAAGGCCUUGCCCUGUAUCCAGACCCAUCCAGAGUGCCUGGCACGAAAACUCAGAACAGUUUAGAAUCUGACUAUUUAGCCAGAGAUGGCCCUUCAAGCAACAGCUCCUUCCACAGUAGUGAAGAGGAAGGUACUGACCUUGAAGGGGACAUGCUCGACAGCAGCGGGUCUCGACCGCUCCUAAUGGAGUCUGAAGAAGAGGAUGAGAGCUGCAAGCCUCCCCAGGGGAAGCUGGGAGGAGCCACUCCAUUCUCUCAGUCAGAAGUCUCUUCUGACCAAGCAAAGGUAGUACAAGGUGGAAGAAAGAAUCAGUUCCAAGACCUCACGCAAUCAACCACUUCUGGUCUUGGUGAGCCAGAUGUUUUCGCCACAGCCCCUUUCAGGAGCUCAAGAAUUCCAGCUAAUGACAUGGACAUUUUCUCCAACGCUCCUUUUGUCUCCAAGGGCAGUGUGGCUCCUUCGCAGCCAGAAGAGGCGGAUGUAUUCUUGAGAGCUCCCUUUACGAAGAAGAAAAGCAUGGAGGAGUUAACAGUUGCCCAGAGCUCCUCCCAGGAGUCACCUGCACAGGCCAGUCUUUUCAGUCAGACAGAUGAUAUCCCUCUGCUUUCAGGCAUUGAUAGAGCCAUAUAUACCUCUGUCCGAGCUCAGUGUUCCCUGCCUGGUUUUGUCCAACAAUCUAACCUCCUCUCCCAGUCUGUACAAGCAGCAGACCCUCUUGAUAGCAUCUCUCCUAGGGGCUCCUCUUUGGAAUCUGGAGGCCACUCGAAUGACAGAAACAAAGGACCUCAGUCCCAGAAAGAAGCUGUGUCAGGCCCUAUGGCUGGCAAACCAUUCCGCCCCCAGUCUUUGUCCAAAUAUUCCCGUCACUAUAGCCCAGAAGAUGAGCCAAGUCCAGAAGCCCAGCCCAUUGCUGCCUACAAAAUUGUUUCACAAACCAACAAGCAGUCUAUAGCUGGCUCUGUUUCCGUCACAUCCCUUUCCUCCAGGACUACAGAGUUGCCAGCUGCUGAUCCUUUUGCUUCAGCACCCUUUCCUUCAAAAUCAGGCAAGCAGAAACCUUAGGAGCAAUACCUGAGCCUUAGGCCUCUUUCUCUAACCCACUGUAAUACACACCAUACCAUUCCCAGUUGAGCCUUCCUCAGAAAAAGAAAAAAAAAAAUGUUAUUUUAGUUCCAUGGGUCAGAGCAGAACCUCCAUCUACAAGCUCAGUUGAAACCUUUUUAAGUUAUGCUCACUUCUUUUAUUUUGAUUUCUGGACCUUCAGUCAUUUCCUUCUCCACCUCAACCCAGAUCCCUUUAUUUUCCCCAGAAACUGUUUAAAUACCAGAAUAUUUCAUCCCAACUCCAAAGUUACCAUUUUAUUGCUACUUUUCUUAUAGUUCCUGUUUUGUGUCAUGUCCAGUGAGAAAUGAAACAGUCCUUCAGGAGUUGACUUAAUACUCUAGGGGGGGUGGGGAAGGGAUAUUUCUGGAAAGAAGUGUAAAAUUAAAUUCCUGCACAUCAAGAGGAGAUGUCAACCUGCAGAUACGAAUCAUUCCUGUAAAACCAGCAGCUCUAGGAUUCUCUGUUCUGUUCCUGUAUCUCUGCGAGCCAGGCUGGUCCUUGUGCAUGAGUGUCUUUAGGUGUGUGUGUCAGACUCUUUCCUACAUAGAAAUGCAAACAGAUGAGAGAUUUGCUCAUGUCUAAUAAUGUUGAGACUUCCCCGUAUCCAUGCUUUUGAAAUCUGUCUGAAUGCACAGGGGUGUGUGUGUGUGUGUGUGUGUGUGUGUGUGUGUGUGUACAUGUGUGUGUGUACGUGUGUGUGUACGUGUACGUACACGCAUGCUUGGGUAUACAGGGAGCCUUUUACCUUUAGAUAAAUCCUGUGCCACCAUGCCUACCUCCAUGAUCACUUAUUUACUGGCAUUUGCCUCCUGACCUAGCUGACUUGAAUCCUUUCUUUAUUAAGUUUUUUUCUUGUCCAAAAUUGAAGUCAUUGGAAAGUGUAGGAAAAUCCUGCUGGAACUGGGGAUUCAGAGUGAAUAUUUUCCCUCCAGAAUCUUCUGUUUGCUAUUAAUAAAUUCCAUGUAUCUAGUCAUGAAAAAUUGUCCUUUUACAUUUUUCCCCUUAGAACAGUAAAAAAGAACAUCUUGUUACUGUCCCAACCACUAAAUAUACAGCCUUGGUAAUUUUUAAAAAUACUCAAAAACCUUAGGACUGAGCAUUCUCGCUGCCACUACAGAAUUAAUUAAUCAUGUUAUUCAUCACAAAAUAGAUUUGUUUGUUUCCAGGUCCUUGCCAUCUUUCUCUACUGCCUCUUAAAGCAAUAUAAAUCUGAGACAUGUAAAUAAAUUUGGGAGAAUGGGAAUCCACUAGCCAUGAAAACCUCUCAAUCCUCUACCCUAUUUUAGAUAUGCAGUAGGCCAGAUAGGUGACUGACUUGUGUAUUUUAAUAUCUCCUAUUUCUGGAGAUAGCUCACUCCUAGCUUUUUUCAUGCCCUUCCUUACCAGUGCCUUAAACUGAAAUGUCUCAAUGGGAAGAUGUCUGCUAAGGAAGUUGAGCUUCAUGGGAAAAGCUGUUGUAUUGUGUUUCAAGCUUUCUCUGACUUGUAGCAAAUGUCCGUGAUUUUUAUUAGCUGGAAAAGUUGGGAGAGUUGCUUACCAAACCAAAUGAAUGAUUAAAUACUUGUUGGGAAUUAAUCCAGGAAUCAAGCAUGAAUGCCAAACUAAUGCAAUUGAUUAGGUGUGGUAGUCUUCAAAUUGGAAGUUUGGAGAUCUUUGCAGAAAGAUGUAAAUAGUUGCUUUUUGAGACAUUUUCUAGUCUAGCCUGCAUGUAUUUCAAAUGUCCAGGUUAAAAGGUAAAUGUGACUAGUUAGCACUGGAUCAGGUUCCUCAUCAAUGGCUUUCCACUGAUGUUUCAACUAUGUCAGAAACCAGUGUCUUUUAUUUUAGUAGAUGUUAAAUUGUAUUAAGAGUUUGCUUCCCCCCAGUUGUCUUUUCUGGGUUUGCUGUGUAACAAUGGAUGGAAAAAAUCAUCUUUCAACUUGAAUGAGGAGUUUGGGCUACUGCAUAUGGAACUUUGCUUCCCAAACUCAUCCCUUGGUAGUUAACAAAGUACUCAAAGGCAGGAGCUAAGAGGAUAGGGAUAUUCAGUUCUCAUCCCAGAUCAGAAAUAUAUUUUAAAAAGUGAUUCUCAUCACCUUUCCUAAUCUGGAUUGACUCUAUAACAACCCUGCAGAAUGUCUUUACUUCAGUUAUAAGUACAUCCCCUCUUUAAGUAGCUAUUUUAUUUUUCAUGAUAAAAUCAAUAAGUUCAUAAUGAUUUUACUUCAUAGUCAGUCAUUUCUCAUUCUCACUGGAGACCCAUGAUGGGUGGAGACUCCCAGUACAUUUGAAUGAGAAAUUAAUAGAAACACAUGAAAAUUACUUGUAAUGUUGUUUUUCAUGAGUAAUACAUGUUUUUUUGUUUUUGUUUUUUACUAUUGGAUUACAUUAAUCAUUAGCUAAUAACUAGUGAGUUCUGUUCCCAUGUUUGGAUCACAUAGUGAAAAAAAAUCAUUAAAUAAACUGCAUCAUUUAAAGAUACAGUGUUACUGCCAGAAGCUAUUCUGAAUAUAAAAAUCUGGAAACUUUAGUUUCAAGGGACUCAGGAAUGCUCAGGAUCUUUUGAAUUAGUAGCAAGUUACGGUUUCCAACAACUAUAUUUCAACAGGUUAACACUAAAAAGAAAAUAUAUAGUCAACAAAGUAACUCAUCACUUGUUUUAUCAACACAAGUGGUCUGCAUGCUUGUUUUAAUUUGUUAACUCCAUAUUAACAUGUUUUAUACAUCUGAUAGGGAUGCAGGAACUGUGACCUUUCAUUUCAGUGAAUCACAGUGAACUAGGAUAUAUGUAAUCAAAAGGCAUUGAACCACAACAUGCACUGACAAAUGCUUAAAGAAUCCAUGUUAGUUGACUAAGGACUCUAUUGAAUGAAGUUAUUUUAUGUGUGGUGAAAAGUAUUUAAUGUAUCUGUUCUUAGCCUCACCUACAGCUCUUUAGCUUUAAAUCCUUAGUAGACUGGAAAAUGGAAUGAGCAAAACUUGAUUUGGAAAAACAUGCUGGGCAGGACACAGGGCAUCUAGUCAUAAAUGGUUUCAUUUUAGGCCCGCUCAUUGGUGAGUUGAAAUACCGUGUAUAUAAAUAAAUGGGUGUGUAUGUGUUUACAUGCCCGUGUUAAGACUGAGUUUAAUCUGAUAACCAAAAUUUCUAAACUUAAAAAAAAAAUGCCAGAAUCUUACUGAUCCAUUAUUUAUUGAGUACAUUUUAAAAAUUCUAUAUAUUAGUGCUUUCAACUCUUUGGUUGAAAAGUUAUAAAGUAGUAGAUUUUGGUUUUAUUUCAAAUAAGUAUAGUCAACUAGAGUGAUUUGGCAAUAAAAAUUUAAUCAUGUUUUAUUUGCUUCCAUAUAGAAAAGCAAUCAAAAUAUAUCAUAAUAAUAUGUAUACAGUUUAUAAAAUAGGAAAUUUUAUUUUAGGAAAUUAAGAGUAGGAUCUGGCUCAUACUAGUUUAAAAUGGAGCCACUUUGGUCCCUUUAAUAAAGAACGGCACUAUUCUCUGCUACAUAUAAGGACUUAAAGUUGGAAAACACAUACCAAGCAACUUUGGGAUGGCUGCUGGUCACACAGAUGGAUAAAUUUGGAACCUAGAUUAUUUUGAUGAAAGGUACAGAGGAGAGCUGCUAAAAAGACACCACAGUUUAUAAAGAGGCAGGGAUACCUUAUAAUCGCCAGAGCCAACCCUGAAUUCUAAUCGUCCAGUCCUGUCAAACAGGGAACAUGAAGAAUUAAAUGAAGUUGUUUACUUUUUAGUUUUUACUACUAAUAGUUGUUUUUGUUUUAACCACCAGAACAUUUGUAAAUGUGUGACUUGUGAAGUUCACAUAAGGAAGGAUUUCAAAAUGGUUGAAAAUAAGCGGUUUCUGGUUGGGAAUUUUAUGUUCUUUUGCUGCAAAACAAAUUUACUCGGUUACUGAAAAAGCUGCUGCCUCUGCUUAGAUGUGGGUCUAUAGUGUCUUGAUUUCCAGGAUGGCACAUUGCUCUCUGGCUUCUGGUUCUACCUGCCUCUUUUGCACCUAGACCUUUAUUAGGAAACAAAUCUCCCACACAUAGUGUCCAAGAUCCUGUCAGAACACACAGAAUGUCCUUACCUAUUUUUAUUCUACCCCAUAAGUCUUUCUGGUUCACUUCCCUGUUCCUUUAUCCCCUACUCAUUUCCUCACUUGACAUUCCCCUGUUAUCACCACACCAAUAAAUGAAUGAUGAAAGAGAGAGGAUUGACCGUGUUAAUUUUUACUUUUCUUCCUUGUUCUGUAAACAGUUUCUUACAUUUCAACCUAGCCUGUGGUAAUCUCAUCACACUAGAAUAGUUUCAAAUAAAAAAUGAAAUGGUUCACAUACUUCUUUUAAAGGAUGAAGGAAGGUUGGCAGAAGCCUAACCUUAUUUUAUGGAGACAGAGCCCAAAGAUUUCUCUCCACCUUGAUCUAACAAAGGCCCAGAGUGCCUUAGAAUGCAGAAGCAAGUUUGUUGUAUGAAGGGAGUGUGGGAUAGCUUGAACAUGUCUAAAUGUUAACAAACACACUGGUGGCUUAGUCCAGUAUUCCAUUAUUUGUGAUUCCCUAAGAUUUUAGUCUGAGCCACUUUCCAGCAAUUUCAAUGUGUGUGACACUGUUAAAAGUUUAUAGUAACAUGUUUUGCUCUUGAAAUUCAGUGUUAUCUGCAUUACACUCUAAUAGUAUCAUGUAUACAGGUUAAAAGGAUCUGCUUGAUUUCUUUUGGCAAGGAAUUACAGAAAAUGUUUUUACCAAUGUCAAAGUGAGGCUUUGGGAGUGAGAACAGUGUACCCCAUUCACUCUAAAAAAUGCAAGUGUUCUCUGAGUCUACCAAAGACUCCUAUUACUCCUAUUAGAGGAUUGGAUGAAAAGUGUGUGUGUGUGUGUGUGUGUGUGUGUGUGUGUGUGUUCUCUGAGUCUACCAAAGACUCAUAUUGAGGACUGGAUGAAAAGUGUGUGUGUGCUGUUAUGCUUUUUACCGUGGUGUUAAGACCUUACAAGGACAUCCAAAGAAUACCAAGAGGUGACAGUAGAUAUUUGGCAUGGGUGAAUUCAGUUCCCUUCACCACCAAGUCUGAGAACUAUUAUUCUAAUUAAAGGUGGGAAAAAGCAGCUAUUGCCUUAGUCUCAUUUCCAGUCAGCAUGUUUCUUCUUAGCCACAAGAAUGAAACUCAGUAGGGCUUGUCCUGAACCCUUGACUCCUGUGGUAUUGAGAGAACAGUAGUGACUAGAAUACUACAAGGCCUGCAAGAUGUUACCUUGAAAGAGGAAAUGUUAACAUCACUUGUAGGGGAUUAGAAACCUCUACAAUAAAGGCCAAGACCAUGCUCAUGCUAUGAAGAAGAGGUGAACUCCCUCUGCUGACUGUAUUUUGAGUUGACUGAUUGAGGUCAAUCCAGCUAUAAGGAGUAUUGAGGUCAUCAGAUCUUAGCAGCAAUAUGUGCAUGCAACAUCAAGGGCUAUGAAGUGGAAAGGAAGGGAGAAAGACAAAGUCAAUCUUAACAGUUUUUGCUAUACCUCUUAUUUGCAGACUAUUGGAUUUAUUGUUAUUGCACUCUGUGUGAGCUAUCUUAUGUAUCUGAUAGUUUUUAUGAAUACUUGUUUGAGUUAUAAACUCCUAUAUACUUUAUUAAAAUGACCUAA